GGAAUACUGUAAUAGGGUGAGAAUAAAAUCCGGUAACUUGAGAGGGUCCGGCCGCUGAGAGUAUUAGACGUAAACUCAGCUCACUUAAGCCCUUAUUUCAUCGACGAUGGCAAAUCCAGAAGAAGAAGCCAAACUUGACUGCUUUCGUCAGUGGUUAAAGGUUAAUGGAGUUGAACUUCGUGGGUGCAAGAUCAAGGACUGUGAUUCCAACAAAGGCUUCGGUAUUUUCUUCGGCAGUGAUGUUUCUGAUGGGGUUCUGUUAGUUGUUCCUCUGGCUUUAGCUAUUACUCCUAUGAGAGUAUUGCAAGAUCCUCUUAUUGGGUCAGAAUGCAGAGAGAUGUUUAAAGAAGGGGAAGUGGAUGAUAGGUUCUUGAUGAUUUUGUUUCUAACAGUAGAGCGCCUGCGUAAAAGUUCUUCAUGGAAACCGUACUUUGAUAUGCUACCAACCAGUUUUGGUAAUCCACUUUGGUUUAGCGAUGAUGAGAUUUCUGAGCUGAAGGGGACAGCAUUGUAUCGAGCAACUGCCUUGCAGAAGAAAAAUUUGCUCUCUUUGUAUGAAGAUAAAGUCAAGAAUUUGGUGGAGAAACUUUUGACUCUUGAUGGAGGUUCAGACAGAGAGGUCUGCUUUGAAGAUUUCCUAUGGGCAAACUCUGUAUUUUGGGCACGUGCUUUAAACAUUCCUCUUCCACGUUCUUAUGUAUUUCCACAAAUUCAAGGAACAAAAGAUGAUAGCUCUUCAACCGAAAAAAGCUCUGAGGUUUCCACCGAAAUUUUCAGUGGAGAGUUGGCUAAAGGAAUGGAUGAAAAAGGAUCACAGGCUCAUGGGCUUAACAGUCAAGUGAAUGAAGAGACAUGCAGUUCAACACAAGGGGAGACUGUCUGGGUUGAGGGUCUUGUUCCUGGCAUUGACUUUUGCAACCAUGAUUUAAAGCCAGCAGCAACUUGGGAAAUUGAUGGAACUGGCUCAACAACUGGUGUUCCUUUCUCCAUGUAUCUUCUUUCCGCUGGACAAAGUUCUCUUCAGGUCAACAAAGAAAUUACCAUAAGCUACGGAAACAAAGGAAAUGAGGAGCUACUCUAUUUGUAUGGGUUCGUUAUUGAAAAUAAUCCAGAUGACUAUCUCAUGGUUCACUAUCCAGUAGAAGCAAUUCAGAGUGUUCCUUUUUCUGAUUCGAAAGCACAGCUUCUUGAAGCACAGAACGCUGAAAUGAGGUGUCUUCUACCGAAAAGUUUGCUGGAUCAUGGAUUUUUCCCAGUAGGCAUCCGGAAAGGAGAAGAUGAGAAAUGCAAACGUGACCAAGUAUGCAGCUACAGUUGGAGUGGACAGCGCAAGAUGCCAUCAUAUCUAGACAAUUUGAUAUUCCCAGAUAGUUUUCUGAGUGUCUUGAGGACCAUAGCCAUGCAGGAAAAUGAGCUUUAUAAAGUUUCAAAUAUGCUGGAAGAGCUUGUUGGAUCCGAAGGGGAGAGGCAACCAGCUGAUACAGAAGUCCGAGCUGCGGUGUGGGAGGCUUGUGGCGAUUCCGGAGCUUUCCAACUUCUUGUUGAUCUUUUGAAUAUGAGGAUGACGGAACUUGAAGAACAUUCUGGAACGGAGGAAUCUGACACCGAUUUGCUCAAAGGGGCAGAUGUCAUUGAAGCUGCAGAUUUGCCGCAUGUAGUAAAGAAUGGCAAAUCAAGUGAAGAAGAUGAAAAACCUACAGAACGCUACUUGGUUAGUCGAAACAAGUGGUCGAGUAUAGUAUAUCGACGAGGCCAAAAGCAACUCACUCGUCUCUUUCUGAGGGAAGCCGAAUAUGCCUUGGAAUUAGCUCUUAGCGAAGGCAACUGAACUUGUACAUUUUACACUUAUUACACAAAAUAUAGAGGCGAAGUUUCUGGUGCCAAUUUUGCUCUGA